AAUGGGAGCAGUUACGAGAUCGGAAGGGAAUGAGGUUUGUCGUACAUAGGUGGGGGCAUAAGCGUAAAUCUGAUUUGACUCUUCAUCUACACCUGUCCUCCCUCUCAUCUCAUCUUCACCCCUCUUCCGAAGAAGAGAAGACGAUGCAGAAACAAUCUUAAACAACGAAGACAUUUAACAUAUCGUAAUGAAAAAAGCCUCCUUUUUUAUGUAAUAUAUAUUGAAUCGAACCAAAAGCAGUUGUCAAUAGUAACGCCGACUCAGACGACGGUACUUUCGCCGUCGCGAUACGCCCUGUGUUUGCAUAUCGCGUGGUGAUCGACGUUCUAGUCUUUCAAUUAUAACAGCGACUUGUUCAGAGGUUCAAUUUUUCUUUGGGGUAUAAGCACUUUGGCUAACAUGUCUCAUUACGAAGGGGAAGAGAUGGAUCAUGUUGCAGAUGAUAAUGAAAUGGCAGAAGGUGAUGACAUUAUGUAUUUGCGUGGUACAGAAAAUGGUGAUUCAGAUUCAGAUUCAGAUGAUGAAGAAUAUGAUAAUUUGGAGAAUAAAAUAGUAGAUACAUCUGCAGCGGAUGCCAGGAGAGGGCAGGAUAUUCAAGGAAUUCCUUGGGAAAGAUUGAGCAUCUCUCGCGAGAAGUAUAGGCAAACUAGAGUAGAACAGUAUAAGAACUAUGAAAAUGUUCCACAAUCAGGAGAAGGCUCAGUGAAGGAAUGCACACCAACCAAGAAAGGAGGAUUAUAUUAUGAGUUUUGGCGAAAUAAUAGAUCAGUAAAAUCAACAAUCCUUCAUUUCCAAUUGAGGAACUUGGUUUGGUCUACUUCAAAGCAUGAUGUGUAUCUUAUGUCAAACUUCUCUGUUAUUCACUGGUCUUCAUUGAGCACGAAAAAAAAGGAAGUUCUUGAUGUUUCUGGGCAUGUAGCCCCCCGUGAGAAACACCCUGGAAGUCUUCUGGAAGGAUUUACUCAGACCCAAGUUAGUACUCUGGCUGUAAGGGAUAAGUUGUUAAUUGCUGGAGGGUUUCAGGGUGAACUUAUUUGUAAGUAUCUGGAUAGACCAGGAGUAAGCUUUUGUUCCAGGACAACUUAUGAUGAAAAUGCCAUCACAAAUGCAAUUGAGAUUUAUGAUAGCCCCAGUGGUGCUGUUCAUUUCAUGGCUUCAAAUAACGAUUGUGGAGUGAGGGACUUUGAUAUGGAGAGAUUUCAGCUUUCCAAGCAAUUUUCUUAUCCUUGGCCUGUAAAUCAUACAUCCUUGAGUCCUGAUGGCAAGCUUCUAGUUAUUGUUGGUGACAAUCCUGAAGGAAUGCUAGUUGACUCACAAACAGGAAAGACUAUAAUGCCUCUAUGUGGACAUUUGGAUUUCUCCUUUGCAUCUGCAUGGCAUCCUGAUGGCCGUAGAUUUGCCACGGGGAACCAAGACAAAACUUGUCGUAUCUGGGAUGCUCGGAAUUUAUCAAAGUCUGUCGCUGUGCUCAAAGGAAAUCUUGGAGCCAUUCGUUCAAUUCGUUUCACAUCAGAUGGGCAGUUUAUGGCAAUGGCUGAGCCAGCCGACUUUGUUCACGUCUAUGAUGCAAAGAAUGGAUUUGAGAAGGAGCAGGAGAUUGAUUUUUUUGGGGAGAUCUCUGGUGUGUCCUUCAGCCCUGACACAGAAGCUCUCUUCAUUGGUGUCUGGGACCGCACUUAUGGUAGUCUCCUUCAGUACAACCGCAGCAGGAACUACACAUAUCUCGACACUCUCUUGUGAAUUAAGAAGUUUAUUACUAGUAAGUUUGUACAAUUGUACGUGAAAUCUCUCUUAUGUCCAAUUUUCUAAUAUCCUAAAAUAUGGUGGAUCCAAGUCCAACAUCUGUUGUUUGUGUCUGGUAGAGAAGGGGACGAGGAUACAUUGCUGAUGUGAUUAUUGGUAUUGUUUGCUGUGAAAUAAAGGUGAUUGUCAAUAGUAGAGGGUGGGAAGAAUAGGUUGAUCUGUAAAAUAAAUGAGAGCAUGUAAACUUGCGUUUUAGUGCAAUCGGUAAGGAAACUCAAACUAUUAUGAAUUGUGUUUUUUUUUUCGCUUUUGGUAUUUGACCUGAAAGCGGCUAGUUUCGUUAUUCAUAGAGAAUUUGCAUUUUUCUUGGGUA